GCUCAGGUCUAGGAGCGGACGGUUUCUACUGCGGCUGGGCACCCGCUCCGCUCCCGCGUCGGCCUGCGCUCCAGCUGCGCCCGGCCCGGCCCCGGCCCGGCCCGUCCCCGGCCUCCGAGCGAAGGCGCCGCUGCCGCCUGGGCCGCUCCCAGGGCCAUGAGGAGGCGGCGGCAGCCACUGCGGCCCGCGUCAAGGUGACCGGCCGUGACUGCGGCGGCGGCGGCAGCGGCGGCGAGAGCGGGCGGACUUCUCCAGACGGGUUAUGUCACCGACAGAGGCUGCCCUGAAGCUCCCUGUGGCCUGGAGACUAUGUACAAGAGGAAUGGUCUGAUGGCUAGCGUGUUGGUCACCUCCGCCACUCCACAGGGCAGCAGCAGCUCAGACUCUCUGGAGGGCCAGAGCUGCGACUAUGCCAGCAAGAGCUACGAUGCCGUUGUCUUCGACGUCUUGAAAGUGACUCCCGAGGAGUUUGCUAGCCAGAUCACACUAAUGGACAUCCCUGUGUUUAAAGCCAUCCAGCCGGAGGAACUAGCCAGCUGUGGAUGGAGUAAGAAGGAGAAACAUAGUCUUGCCCCAAACGUUGUGGCCUUUACCCGGAGGUUUAACCAGGUCAGCUUUUGGGUUGUACGAGAAAUUCUAACAGCACAGACUUUAAAAAUAAGGGCAGAAAUCCUGAGCCAUUUUGUGAAAAUAGCCAAGAAACUCCUAGAACUCAACAACCUUCACUCUCUCAUGUCUGUGGUGUCGGCAUUACAAAGCGCGCCCAUCUUCAGGCUGACAAAGACCUGGGCUCUUUUGAAUCGAAAAGACAAGACCACCUUUGAGAAGUUGGACUACUUGAUGUCUAAAGAAGAUAAUUACAAGCGGACUCGGGAAUACAUCCGAAGCCUGAAGAUGGUUCCCAGUAUUCCAUAUCUAGGGAUCUAUCUUCUGGAUUUAAUCUAUAUUGAUUCUGCAUAUCCUGCCUCAGGCAGCAUUAUGGAAAACGAACAAAGAUCCAAUCAGAUGAACAAUAUUCUCCGAAUAAUCUCAGAUUUACAAGUCUCCUGCAGCUAUGAUCACCUCACAACCCUGCCCCACGUGCAGAAGUACCUGAAGUCUGUGCGCUACAUCGAAGAGCUCCAGAAGUUUGUGGAAGACGACAACUACAAACUGUCGCUCAGAAUUGAACCCGGAAGCAGCUCUCCAAGACUUGUCUCUUCAAAGGAAGAUCUUGCAGGGUGAGGCCGUGUGGGGAGAGCCCCAGCAUGGAGCCAGUGCACGCCUACCACUCGGCUUCAGCACUGAUGUGUCCUGAUGGAGGGACAGCGAGGCGGCCGACAGGGAGUCCGUGCCACCUCCAGCUCCAUGCUGCUUGGAUCCCCUCACCUCCAUGCCCGUUCCUCACAGGGGCCACCUUGGUCCCUGGGAGGCCACACCUUCCUUGUGCCAGCGGAUCUUCGAGUGCAGCUAAGCUGGUGCGGCCACACUGCCCUCUGGCUGCAGUCCCAUUGGGUCCGCAGGCCUGAGCGAGGCACUGGCUGUUCCCUGGGUCUCCCAGCUGCUGGGCACAGGUUUCAAGCUCUCUGCGUGGUCUGUGGAGAUGCUCACUAUGGUUGAGUGGAUGCAGAGAUCACCCUGUGGGCCAGGGGUGGGGACUCCCUUCCCUCAUGCUCCUCUCUCCUCCCGUUUAUAGUCUCAGAGUGGGUGAGGAGCCCUCAGUGAGGGCACAUCCAAUCUCUUCUGGACAUCUCCCAGCUACUAGGCUGGCGUGUCAAGGUCAGGCAGAGGAGCCAGGCUCAGGCCCUGCUCUGUCCGACCCUGCUGCCCUGCCUGGCCCAGCUCCAUGCAGCACCGCCACAGCAGGCAUUCCUUGCCCCUGUGCCUGGGAGUCUGGGCCUUCUCCCCCGAGGAGAUGGCAUCUGGGCCUCCCCACAGCUGAAGGGCGACGUUGGCUCACAAAAGAGACCCGUGAGAGCUGCAUGGAUAAGAAACAAAGAAUGUGUGAGAAUGUAGAAGGGACCGGCUCCCAGGCUCGACCAUGAAACCUGGCCAGAGAAAGGUUUCAACACAAACAGACUCUGUGCCCAGGGACCCAUGUCUUGCGUGCACAGGGCCCCGGCAGAUGGGAAGGCUCUAGCAGGCGCAGGAGCAAAGCUGAGACCGGAUGGAAGUGCGUCCUGUGCAGAUCUCAGCCAGGGUGGCGCCUGAGAGCCCCCUGUCACAGCAGUCGUCAUCCGCCUUCUCCAGAGAGGAUCCUGACCCUGAACUCCCAGCUCCUCCCUGGGCAGAGGCUGGACUGGAACCCAAAUCCUGGGACUCCAAGCUCAGUAGUUUCUCUGCCCCAGCUGCCUCCCAUUAAUGGCCGAUGUGCAGGACUUGGAAACCACCCCAAAGGCCGCAGUGGGGCUGCCAGACUGCUGACAUCGGCAGUGCUGGCCUGGGCAGGGCCGCUCCCUGCCGCUGGAAACCCAUGGGAACAGGAAUCCCCAUCCCAGCCCCGCAUCCUCUGCAGCCACUGCCCCUGCAGCCGUGGGCACCGCACCAGCAUUCAGCACGCACGCCUCGCUUCCGCCCUGCGCUGGGCACUGGGACACGGCCCCUGACUCCAGAGCUGGAGUCUGGUGGGAGAGAUGGGCGACCUACAGGCUGCCAACACCAUUCCUUAGUGACAAACGGCAGGCGCUGUGAGUGUGGGGCGCGGCACCCCAGAGCAAGGGGCAGGAGGCUGUGGCCAGGAGGAGGGUCACCGCCCUCUGAGAGCUCAGGGACAGGCGCUGUAAGCGCUGGGCUAGGAUCGCAGCUACAGCCCACGCCGUUGUCUGAUUCAACCCCUGAAGCGGGGGCAGGUUGGCAGCCCUCUCCCUCCAUUCCUCUCUUCUCCCAAGAGAAGCUUCCAGGAUGAACAGGGGGUCAUUCUGAGGCAUCCAGGCCUGUCCGCAUGUGGCUCUGGCCAGCUGACUACAGGCGGCAGACUAGGCCCCUCCGGUUUGCUCUCUAAAGACCCGAGUCAGAGAAUAGGGGGCAUUGCCGUGUGUCCUGGCCUCAAAGGUGGGUGCUGCCCGCACAAAGCUGCCAGGAGGAGUGCCGGCCGCUGUGCCUUCCUGUAGCACUCGAAGGGAAGAAGGUCACUUACUCAUGUGCCCAAAGUGAUACUGUCCUCAAAUAGUUGUUCUCGUGACUCUGGCUUUGCACAAGUCCUUUCAGCCUUUGUCUUCUUCUCAUCCGACAAACACUUUCCCUGCAUUCUGCCCAGGCCUCCCUCCUCUUACUGAGCUUGCAGCCCCGUCCUGGGCACCCUCCUGGGCCACAUGGCCUACACCUCUGUCCCCAGCUGCCAUCUGUCUCCAGAGCUUCACAGUCUCCCCAAUGGCCUCCCGACAUCGGUCCCAAACUGAACUCAUCCGCUCCCUCGGUGAAUGGCACCAGACUCCACUGAGGGUUACCCCGAGUGCCCCUCCACCCACCAACCCUACCCCUGCCCAUCUCCUAGACCUCUCUCUGCCACAUCCGUCCUCCCAGCCUGUGUUCUUGGCCACAUCCACACAUUCCAGCCAGAGAGAGCCUUCUAAGGCACAAAUCUGAGCACCUUACUGACCUCCUGCAACCUCCACCUCUUCCCCUCAUUAAACUCUUGGCCUCUCGUGCGGUCCCACAGCUCCACCCCCCACCCCCCACCCACCCCCAUAUUCCCUCCUUCAGCUCCUCAGCCAGGCUGGCUCUCCGAGCUUCUCUAGUAGGUUCUGUGUCUCUCACUUGGGGUCUUUGCAUGUGCUGCUCCUUCUGCCCAAGCCGCUGCCUCUGCCGGGACCUUCGCCAGCCUGGAUGUCGGACCCCCCAGGUCUGCCCUGGCCUUCCCAGGUUCUCAGAUGAACUGCUCCGGGCUCCACUGCUCCCCCAAGAAGCGCCUUAGCCCUCUGACCUCAGGUCCCACAUCGCCCUCAGUCCCACGUGCCAGGGAGGAGCUAACAACAGUCCCUGUGAGGCGGGGUGAUGCCGAGGCCUCAGUGAGGACCUGUGAACAAGCGUUCGGUACAUCCUGGCACUUGGUGGAUGCUCGAUGAGUGGCGGUCAGUACCAUUACCACCACCGUUAUACCGUGAUGGUUACACUGUGAGUGUGGUUAGCACCAGGUCUAUCACUACCAAAGCCUGUGUCGGCCCUGGGCGUGGUUAUCUGGUUACUGCCCCUCCCAGGUCUGGAACCAUUUGCUGCAGGAAGGGAGAGGGACAUGAGCCUUCUCCUCCCCGUGGGUCUGCCAGGUCAGAUACUGCUCCCGUUCUGUAGCCGUAGAAUUCAAGCUCAGAGGUGCCAGGUGACUUGCCCAAGUUCACUCAGCCUGCGGUGGCAGCACCAAUGGGAGCCCAGACCCGGCUGCCUCAGGGUCCCGGGCUCGACUGUUGCCAUCCACCCGAGGCCUGUGCUGGCUUCUCUGCCGACCAGUGAGUGGCCCGGGCAGCACGGUGCUUUCUUAAGAAAAAUGUAAUGAAAACCAGAUUUUUUUUCCAACAUGAUAUCUCAUUCCCCACAGACUGUCAGUUCUCAUAUAUUCCAAUAAAACUGUUAAAGAAACAGCCACUUAAAGAGCUUUAAAGAUUAUUCAUGGAAAAAUUAUGCUGAGGAAAAAUAGAGCAAUCCUCUGAGAUAGUCAAGCCCACGGUCAGUUUUUCCAGCUGCUGGUGCCAUAUCGGCCGGCGGCGGCGGGGACCACACUCUGCUAAGC